AUGGUGAUGGUGUGGUGCUUAGUAGAGCCCAAAAACACGUGGUACUAUAUAGUACCAGGUGGCCAUUGGUUUUAGACAAAAUUUUAGUGCUGGCGGCACCACAGUUAAUAGUCAGUCAGACACCCUUUUUCUACUCACGAUGCGAAAAGAUUUCAAAAUUUUGUUGAAUUUUCCAAAAAAUUCUUUUUUUUUUCCCAGUCCCGAAGCGAAAACAUUUCAAAUUUUUUUCAAAUUUCACAAAAAAUCCUUUUUUUUCAAGUCCCGGAGCGAAAACAUUUCAAAUUUUAUUCAAAUUUCACAAAAAAUCCUUUUUUUCAAGUCCCGAAGCGAAAACAUUUCAAAUUUUAUUCAAAUUUCACAAAAAUUUUUCUUGCAGUUUGUCAUCACUGACCUCGGAUAUGCAAUCAGAAUCGGCUCGGAACGCUCGGCCUUCUACCCAAUCCCCGAAACGGCAACCACUCACAUCUACGCGAAGAAAGCGUUGAAGUCGGAGGACACGGAGAGCCUGCUCUUCAUGAUUCUGGGAAUGAUGGCUCCACUGCCUUGGGCGGGAAUCAAGAACAUUGAGGAGGUUAGGAAGAUCAAGUUGGAGUGUACCGAAGAAGACUCGAUUCCGGACGAGUUCAACACCAAAGAGGCUGUGACGUUGUGUCACAAGUCGUCCGUGUAGAGACCCCUCGGUCUCUACACGGACGACUUGGCGCUGGAAAACGUGGCCGAGAUGUUGAUCCUUUACUAUCUCGCGGUAUGUGGAAUUUAUUUUUUUUACCUGCAAAUUGGUUUUUAAGCGCAUUUUAUAUUUUGAAAAACUUUCAGGUCGAACCGACCGACGACCUCCACCUUCCCGUCCGUUUUCCAAAUGCCGAGUUCAAGUUGGCGGGCACGUUCAAGUCGUAUGACUAG